AUGGGAGGAGCUGGUGUAAACCGGCAUGCGGGCGUUGAUGGCGUGCUCGAAGGUAUGGCGGACCUGAUUGGUGUACUCAAAGGCGCUGCAGAACUGGUUGAUGGUUCUGGUGUACUCGAAGGCGUUACAGAAUUGGUCGAUGGCUCUGGUGUACUCGAAGGCGCUGCAGAGCUGGUUGGUGGUUCUGGUGUACCCGAAGGCGCUACGGGGCUGGCUGAUUCACUCGAAGGUGUUGCAGAGCUAGCCGAUAGCAUUGAAGGGUCGCUUGAGAUUGAAGCACUGCUCGGCGAUGAGGUACUAGAAGCAGAACUGGUUUGA